ACAUUAAAAUGAACGCAACUUAAUUUUGUGCGAGGUUGACGUUUCAGAAAUGCGUUCAAAAAUAACAAAAUAGUGUUCAAUUUUAAACUCAAUUUUGAUCAAUUUUAAUGGCUAAACCACCAAAAUCUAAUUUAUAAUAUACUUUUAAUUAUUAAAUAAUUUAAAGAAAAAUAUUUGCUAACGGUAGAGACUGUUUUGCGCUAAAUUUAAUAAUUUAUAAUCAGUAAAUGCAGUGGCUGUAAGCAUUACCAAAUAUGGAGUUCGCUCGUUUUCCCAACCGUCCUCCCUUCGAACCUUAGCAGCUCUCAAUUUUUAUUUAAAUAAAUCACAUGAGUAAUUUUCAAAUGAAUUCAUCGAAAUAUUUAGUGUAAUUAAUAUAAUUUCUUCUUAUAUUUAAACAUGUCGUUUAGAGUGGUUCGUAGUUCAAAGUUCCGCCAUGUUUACGGGCAGGCCAUGAAAAGGGAGCAGUGUUAUGAUAACAUCAGAGUGUCCAAGAGUUCAUGGGACUCUACGUUUUGUGCAGUGAACCCUAAGUUUCUGGCCAUCAUCGUCGAGUCGGCCGGCGGAGGCGCCUUCAUAGUUCUUCCCCAUAACAAGGUCGGGCGUAUCCCCGCAGACCACCCGCUAGUGGGGGGCCACAAAGGGCCGGUGCUGGACAUCGCGUGGUGCCCUCACAACGACAAUGUCAUAGCGAGCGGCUCAGAGGACUGCGUCGUUAAGGUAUGGCAGAUCCCGGACGGCGGGCUGUCGCGCACGCUGACGGAGCCGGUGGUGGACCUGGUGUACCACCAGCGCCGCGUGGGGCUGGUGCUGUGGCACCCCACCGCGCAGAACGUGCUGCUCACGGCUGGCUCUGAUAACCAGAUAGCAAUAUGGAAUGUGGGCACCGGCGAGGUGCUGAUCAGCCUGGACUGCCACCCCGACCUCAUCUACUCGGCCUGCUGGAACUGGACAGGCUCCAAGCUGCUGACCACUUGCCGGGACAAGAAGAUCAGAAUCAUCGACCCUCGCAAAGGUGAAGUAGAAUCGGAGGCGAUCGCUCACGAGGGCAGCAAGGCGUCGCGCGCCAUCUUCCUCAAACAUGGCCUCGUAUUCACAACAGGGUUCAGCCGCAUGUCGGAGCGGCAGUACACGCUACGCACGCCGGACGAACUCAACGAGCCCAUCGUGACCGUAGAGAUCGACACCAGCAACGGAGUGAUGUUCCCACUCUACGACCCCGACACCAACCUCAUCUACCUCUGCGGGAAGGGCGACUCCGUCAUACGGUACUUCGAGGUGACUCCAGAGCCUCCCUUCGUGCAUUACAUCAACACGUUUCAAACGCCCGACCCGCAAAGAGGUAUCGGCAUGAUGCCGAAGCGCGGCUGCGACGUGGCGACGUGCGAGAUCGCCAAGUUCUACCGCCUCAACAACUCCGGCCUCUGCCAGGUGGUGUCGAUGACAGUGCCGCGCAAGUCGGAGCUGUUCCAAGAGGACCUGUACCCCGACACGCUCAGCGACGAGGCCUCGCAGACCGCGGACGAGUGGCUCGCGGGCGAGGACGCGGAGCCCUGCACCAUGUCGCUGAAGGAGCGUGCCCUCCUUGUGCAGGGUGGCUACGUGUCCGGUCGCGCGACCCAACUGACGGUCACCAAGCGCAACGCGCUGGCCACGCCGCGCGACAGGGAGCGCGAGCGCGAGCGAGAAAAGGACGACCGCUCGCCCACGCCCGCGCAGAGGGACAGCCAGGCGCCCACGCCCGCCGCCGCCACGCCGCCGCCCGCCUUCACCGCCAUGGUCGAAAAGCAAAUGUCCGAUCUAAUGGACGAAAUCCGCAAGCUGAAGUCCGUGAUCGUGAAGCAGGAGAACCGCAUCCGCGCGCUGGAGGCCACGGUGAAGGCGGGGUUGGCGCCCCCCGCGCCCGCGCCGCCCGCGCCCUCGCCCGCGCCCGCAGCCUCGCCCGCAGUCUCGCCGGCCGCCGAACACAACCACGACGAUGACGACAUGGCGCCCGACGAGGUGUGAGAGGUGUGAGCUGGGGACGCUAGCAUGACGCGUAUGUAUGAUCGAACCAAUUGUCUGGCGCUCUGUAUACUCCGCGUCAAUCUUCUUGGCGGUUGACUGCUAUAUUCCUGAUCUAAAUCUCUACAUAGUACAAAACAAAGUCGCUUCUCGUUUCUCUCGCUUAGAUCUUUUACAGCAGUGUAACUUCUACUUUCCGCUUUCACAAAGUGAGAGUGGAAAAAAUAAGGCUUCUCGAUCAAUAGAUUUACGGUUUUAUGGACUGAUAAUAUAAAAAAUAUAAACUUUCACCUUCCUUAACCGUCGCGUCGUGUUCGUUUUUGAAGAACAGCUCAAAAUUUCGAUUUUGUAAAAAAUAUAUAAUAAAAAGCAUUUUUUCUUUUGGUAUUGCAUCUACCGCUGGUUCGGAAUUAUAACAUUUGCGAAUGCUGGAAAAGGACUAGAUUGAGUACAAUUGGUUUGAUCUACAAUAUUGUGUGCUAAAGAACUGAGAUUCACUUUGGUCUUGAUGUUUUACAAUAUUAUUUUGCUAUUUUGUAAAUGUUUUAAAUAACGAACGGAAGAAGACGGACUUUUAACUCCAUUAGACCUUGAUUUCUAUGCAAUUUUUUGACAUCAAAUUGUCAUCUCUUUACAAAAGAACUGUCAAAUUUGAGGUAACAAAAUGGUUAUCGUAGUAAUUAGAUCCUAGAAUGAACGCUCUAGUAAAAAUUUGUAUUGGUGGUUUUCUGUUAUUGGAUCAUCAAAUAAUGCAUGCUGUUUAAGACUUUGGAUUAAAAAGUGGGCAAUUUUCGUGGUAAUAUGCGUUUUAAGCACUCCUCAACUCUUAUGAGGUCUUAAAAAAAUUCGCCAAUUUAUUUUCUGUUGCUUACCAGACUGUUUGAACAUUCGUGAUUGUAUUGUCGUAAAAAUGCUACGUACAAUAAAAAAAUUGACAAUAAAUAACCUAUUUAAUCUGCUACAAAACAUGACAUCGCUUGAUACCAAGGUCAGAGAAAUAUUUUUCAAAAAAAUAUUUAUUCCUAAGCUUAAAAGAAUUAUAAGAGAGUAGUUAUAAAUAAUGAAUUUGAUUGUUUUAAAAAUUUCGCAGCCAUCAAUUUGACUUAGUACGUCUGAUUUUAUAAAUAUUGUGUUUUCCAUAAAAUUUACUUAUUUACCCCAAUAAUGAAGUUCAUAAUGUCUUUGAAACACAUUUUUAUUUGUUUUACCGAAGCUUUGAAAUGGACGGAUCGGUUUUAAUGUAGAUUUAUUUUUAUUUGGGUCUUCAAACUGGUCGCAAUCAGUAAACCAUCCAUUUAUUCGAUCGGCGAUGCUUCAUAUCGCUAUAUAGCUAGGGCUAUUUAAAUUGUUAGCAAAAUAAAAUACUUGGGAAGUUAUGGUGGGUUUAUUUUACGCCGGAGCUGUGUCUUUACCAGGCAAGCGGAAGGCAUGAGGAAGUAAUUAAGGGAAGGGAAGCAAGUUUAUUGACAAUAUAAUUGCUCGGCGUAAUAAAUCUAGUCUGUGUCUUUUUGACAUUCAGCAAUUUGGUCGUUAUCUGUCACCUCCAUACAAAAUCAGGGACGCUGUAGUCAACAAGUCGUAAUUU